AUGACAGAAACUGAAAAAAUUUUAUCAGAUGCUUUUACUAUAAGGAAACUUCUACUAUCAUGCCAAGUAUAUGAAGAAGAUAUACAGCAAAAUAUUAUUAAUUAUAUAUUACAGAAUGAAUCUUCAAUAUCCAACUCAAAUAGGCUUUUAUUGUUAUGUAAUAUUGUUAAUAAAAAAAUAAAACGCGAUAUUCUAAAACAGGCUAGCAUAAUACUUAGAGUUUUUUCUUCAAAAUUAGCAAUUAUACCUCUGAUAUGUGGAAUAUUUAAUUCAUCAAAAUCUUCAGUUGCUCUUAAUUUGGCAUAUUAUCUAAAUAUUCCAAAUGUUGUCUUAACUAAAACUGUUAGAAAAACUCUAUCAAUAUGUUAUAAAUCAACUAUUAACGAAAAUAUUCAAGAUAUUGAAGAUUAUUAUAAGGAAUGUAAUGAUUUAGCAUGUGGCUUUCUUGGUGAUAUUACAAAGGCAAUAAAACAAGGUAAAUCUGUAAUAUUCUGUGGUUUUCAUCUUAAUUUCCCAUUAUUAUUUCAAUUAAAUUCUAAUUCAAUAUUUCCACAACCUAUCUUUGUAAAUUCAGAAGAUUCUCAAAUAUCAUUUCCAAUAUAUUUUAGACCAUCAGAGAAUAAUUCAGCUAAUGUAUUAUUUAUACCUUUUAUUUUAAAAUUAGAUAGGGAAGAAAAUUCUAGAAUUUAUCAUGAACAAUAUUUAUAUCAGAAAAAUAUGAUAAAAACUUUAGAAUUUGAAGAUCAACUUAUUCAAUCUAUUUUACAUAAUAAUCUAAAUUUACCUAUACAUACUGUCAAACAUAAUCCAAAAAGACCUGAAAUAACUUCAAAAGAAAUUCACUCAAUUAUUUUACAUAGUUUAAAUUGUUUAGAAAAUAAGAUUUAA